AUGGCGGAAGCGCUGCAAGAGUGGGAUCAAGAUUCCGAUGGAAUGAUUGAAAAUUUCGGAAAAGCCGAUCAAACUUAUGAUGCAUGGCGAAUGGAAGGCGUAAGCGCUUACUGUGGUUCUCUCUGGCUGGCAUCCCUGCGUGUUGCGGCUGAAAUGGCUCGUACGCUUGGCUAUGCAGAAAGCGAAAAGCUCUACAUGACAACGCUGACCAGAGCGAAGAAGGUGUUUAUCGACAAAUUGUGGACGGGUUCGUAUUUUCGAUUCUGCGAGAGGUCUCGGAGUAGGGAAACUAUUAUGGCUGAUCAAUUGUGUGGCGUGUGGUUCCUGCAGUCGGUGUCACCUCAUUUAGCAGCUGAUCUUUUGCCAAAUCAUAUGGUGCGCACGGCUAUGAAGACAAUUUACGAUUAUAAUGUGUGCCGAUUUGCGGGCGGCAAAAUGGGAGCUGUAAAUGGAAUGCGACCUGAUGGACGUGUCGAUAGGGAGUACAUUCAGGCUGAUGAAGUGUGGACCGGUGUAACGUAUGCUGUAGCAGCUUUCUUGUUGCAAUUAGGUGAAGUGGAUAAAGCAUUCCAUACGGCUUCAGGCUGUUAUGAUGCAUGCUUCGAACGUGCUGGCUUGCAGUAUCAAACACCGGAAGCGCUGUAUGAAACCAGAUUCUACCGUGCGAUCGGCUAUAUGCGUCCAUUGAGUAUUUGGGCGAUGCAGUGGGCGAUUCAACGUCAUUCUGAUCUGAACCCACCGAAGUUGUCCAUAACGCCUGUAAUGGAAAUACGAGCCUCCACACAACAACUUCUCCUAACUCGUGUAUGCGACGAUUCAGCCAGUGAAGGCUAUAACACAAGCGAUGAGAGAGAUCCAGAAGCCAGCAGCAGCAAAGGCACCGCUGCGACGGACAGCACUGCUGGAAGUUGUGAUGCAAUGUGCGUACGCUAG